AUGCGAAAUAAGAGAAUUAUAUGCUUCAAGUAUUUUUUAACGUUUUGUUUUAAUCUUAUGUUUAUCAAAUGUUUUAUUCCCAAAACAACUAACAGUGUUAUGAAAUACCAAAAAAUUGUACUAUAUGCAGAUACAAAUAAAAAAGAAGACUUAGAAUAUAAACUCUUUAAAAAUAUAAGUUUUAAUAAAAUUAAGACUAAUUUAAAAAAUCUUCUAGUGGUAAAUAAAAAAUUUACCCUAUCAGAUAUUAAGCAUGUUUCUUUUUUAGGUAAAUUUCAUAAUUAUGAAAAAAUAGAAAAUUAUGGAGUUAAUGAAAUAUGCAUAUUAGGUAGGAGCAAUGUAGGAAAAUCGACUUUUCUAAGAAAUUUUAUAAAAUAUUUAAUUAAUACAAAUGAAAAUAAAUUUAUUAAAGUAUCAAAAAAUAGUGGUUGUACAAGAUCAAUAAAUUUAUAUGCAUUUGAGAAUAUGAAAAAAAAGAAGUUAUUUAUUUUAACUGAUAUGCCUGGUUUAGGUUAUGCUGAAGGAAUAGGAAAAAGAAAAAUGGAAAUUUUAAGAAAUAACUUAGAUGAUUAUAUUUUUUUGAGAAAUCAAAUUUGCCUAUUUUUAAUUUUAAUUGAUAUGAGUGUUGAUAUACAAAAAAUUGAUAUAUCAUUAGUAAAAACUAUAAAAAAAACUAAUAUACCUUUUAGAGUUAUUUGUACAAAAAGUGAUAAGUAUAAUCAGAGCAUAAAUGAUAGACUUAAUGCAAUUAAAAAUUUUUAUAAACUUAAUAAACUUCCUAUUAAUAUAUCAAAAUUCUCAAAUUAUAAUUAUAUAAAUAUUUUCAAAGAAAUUCAAUAUCACUGUAAUUUAAAUAACAAAUGA